UGCUCAUUAGCCCUCAAUGGUAGUGGAGGGUUAUAAUAGCAAUUUUGGGUUAAAAGGCCCUCUUUUUGCAAAAAUAAAAUUCCCUAUGUAAGAGAAAAAGAUGACAAACCUUCACAUUUCAAAAAAAAAAAAACAUCUUUUUCAUUUUUUUGCUCUUCAUUUUUGGGGUUGGGCAUCUUCUCACCAUUGGAGGAGAUUUUGAAGCUUUGAAGUGAUUCUUGGACACUUGGUGGAAUAUUUCUUCAUUAUGGAUGCGUUAUAGCGACUAUUGGGGGGGUGAACACCGAGUAGACGAAGAUCUUCUUCAACUUUUGUUUGAAGAUUGUCCAGCGUCGCCCCCACACAACUCGUCUGGGGACGAGGGGCUUAGUAGUGUGUCAGAGACGCCCGACCACCUCUACCGAGAGAGAAUAGGCGGUGAAGCAUACAACAGGCAUAUUUGGGAGCUUGAAAAAGGGAUACGAUCUUAUCUGCCCCGAGAGUGGACAUACACUCUUCCCUUUGGUGAGGUCAAUAUUCCAGUAGGGGUGCCCAUCGGCCUGUCAGGGGGGUUUCCUUUGGCCGAGACUGCUAUAACCACCGCAAAACUACCUACCAUGCUGAACGCCAUGGCUCGCACUAAAAAGAAGAGUCGGGUUAGCUCUUCUGACAGUUCCCAUACAGCGGAAGUUGUUACUAAACGGAGGGUAUCUGACGAUGUUGAGGCUGAUUCUGCCGAUGGAGCCAUGGAGGAGAUAGUCAAAGAGUUUGAGAAAUGGGUGGAAGAGGAAGCCAAGAAUACCCUUUAUAAAGCCGCCAAAGAGAAAGAAACAACCAAGGGUUCCCAAUCAACCACUCUCAAAAUCAGUGAAUUCGCCCCUAAAGUGCUCAAGGAAGUUCGCACUUCCCGCUGCAAGACUAAGCAGACCCCCUUUGUGGCCCCUUCUAGCAGUCUCACCGAGACCCAACUCCAAUAUGUGGAGGAGUCGACUGUGAAUGGCAAGGACUGCCGGUUAGUGCUCCCCUCUCCGAAUCAGUUGGCGCAUGACCCUGGGGAGGGGCUGUGUGCAUGGUCCCGUCGCCAUAUUACUUAUGGGGGGGCACUCCCCCUUCAUAAUUUUUUCAAAGACGUGGCUGAUUAUUUUGGCCUUAGUCCGGGGCAGUUUUCUCCCUUGGCCAUACGAGUCCUGACUGGCAUAUUUGUAUUAUAUAAGCUAAUGAGAUGGAAGUGGCCAACAGGCCAUGAGGUACACUAUCUCUUCGAUCUGAGACCGAUUAACAGCGAGUAUCGGUCGGGAUAUUACGCAUUUCAGCAUGCACACAGGAAUGUCAAAUUCCUUCAUGGUAUGGAGAAAUCGUCGAAGGAACAUGAUUUCAAAACUCUCUAUUUUUUUGUGAAGGACAUUGGGACUAAACACACCAAAUUCCAAAUGGUGGACCAAUUCGAGAAGCCUUCCCCCACCAUUGCCAUGUACGAGAGAGCUCUUGCGUUAGCCCAAUUGCCUGACUAUAAGAAGGAUCUAAACAUUCUAACAUCCCCCCGGGCGUUAGAUGAUUUUGGGUUCAACUUUGUCGUUACUCCUUCUAGCGGAGUGCGGGAAAUCCCGCGACCCUUAGGACCUCCGCCAGUGGCACAGACGGCUAUAGCGAAAAGCACUAUGCCCGGGUCUGCUAAGAAAAGGCCAAUUAGGGAGUGUGACCCUCUUGAUAUGGCCGGCUUGUUGCGACAAACAACCUACCAGGAGAAAGAGGGUUCGCCUUCUACCGCCUCUCCCAUGGCUCCUCCUGGUAAGGUUAGGAAGACUAACCCUCGCCUGGCUAUUGAUAUUCACACCCCUAUUGCUGGAUCGCCUCCCUCAUCUCGGCCGCUUCCUCCUAACUCCGCAUCCGGGUCUGCCAAUGAUACAACCCUUAUUGGUUCGACGUCCACAGGGGCCGAGUCACUUGCUGCGCUGCCCUUAGAGGGUCGUUGUCAGGCUUUAUCUACGGGUUUGAAGGGGGCACAUGGCCAUAUUGAGGGCCUUAUGGACGUCAUGGACAAGACCAUGUCUAGGCUAGAUUGUUUGCCCCCUGCCCAGAUCGUUGCUCUUGGAUGCCGCGAGAUGAUUAGGGCUGCCACCAUUACUUCUUAUGGUCAAUCUAGGGUUCUCGCCCUACAAGAGGAGCACAACAAGCAAGGAGCAGCCUCACUCCAACUUGAACUUGAUGCCCUUCGCCAGGAAUACUCCCAGAAGAUUCGCGAUUUAGAAACUUCUGUUGAAAGGGUUACUGCUGAGAAGGAGCGUUUCAGGGGUGAGCUUGAAAGUGUUACUGCCGAGAAAGAGCGUUUCAGGGGUGAGCUUGAAAGUGAGAAGGAGGCUCAUGCGAAGGUUGUCGAGGAAAACAACAUUAAUGCCAAGGAGUGUGAGAAGCUAGCUGCGGAGGUGAAACAGAUCGGAGACCUCUCCACCGAUGUUUUCUUCAAAUUCUGGCUAAACAACAAGAAAGCUGACUUUAAUUAUCUGGGUAAGAACAUGGACAGUAUGCUAUCUUAUUGUCGCAAUCGUGAGGAGGCAGAAACCAGGGAGAAGGCGCAGACAGCUUGCAUUCAGGCCGAUUCAUACCUCAACUUUGGGGUUGAGGCAACAGAUGACUGUCCCCUCGAUGACUUACUUGAUGGUUCCUAUUGAUGUAUUUUUACUUUUACAGAUUUUAUGCCCACUAGUACUCUUCAGAGAUUCAUGACUGUCCGGGCAGUCUUUAAUCCCGUAACUUUACUUUUGAGACAUUUGUGUCUUUAAU